AUGCCUGGCUUGGGAGGCACGGCUAGGAUGAGGCGCGGAAACGCCAAGAGUAGGAGGGUAGCGGCUUCAUCCCCCGGUCGGCUCUUCAAAAGCUUUAAGAUGCAACAGAGCGCGUCUAAGACCCCCGACCGGGCCCGCUCUCCACUCCUCCAACUGCUGCUCCUGGUCGUCCAUCGGCUGCCCCCUUGGCUGCUGCGCUUUCUGGGGUGUUCCGGUCACUCCCGGCUGCCCCCCUGGCUGCUGCGCUCCCUGGGGUGCUCCGGUCACCCCGGCUGCCCCCCUGGCUGCUGCGCUCCCUGGGGUGCUCCGGUCACCCCCGGCUGCCCCCCUGGCUCUGUGCUCCCUGGGGUGCUCCGGUCACCCCCGGCUGCCCCCCUGGCUGCUGCGCUCCCUGGGGUGCUCCGGUCACCCCCGGCUGCCCCCCUGGCUGCUGCGCUCCCCGGGGUGCUCCGGUCACCCCCGGCUGCUCCCCUGGCUGCUGCGCUCCCCGGGGUGCUCCGGUCACCCCCGGCUGCCCCCCUGGCUGCUGCUCUCCCUGGGGUGCUCCGGUCACCCCCGGCUGCCCCCCUGGCUGCUGCUCUCCCUGGGGUGCUCCGGUCACCCCCGGCUGCCCCCCUGGCUGCUGCGCUCCCCGGAGUGCUCCGGUCACCCCCGGCUGCCCCCCUGGCCGCUGCGCUCCCUGGGGUGCUACCCCCGGCUGCCCCCCUGGCUGCUGCUCUCCCUGGGGUGCUCCGGUCACCCCCGGCUGGCCCCCAGCCCUCUGCCCUCCCUAUCGUCGCCCCCUUCGGUGCCGUGCCCGCGGCCUUUCCGCUUGGCCCGUGCCGCCCGGGCUAG